AAGAAGAAGAAGAAGAAGAAGAGCCGGACCAUAGAGGAGCUGGACUCUGGAUUCGGUCCGCGGUGUCGGUGUCACACCGAUCUGGCGGUGACAGGCCGUCAUUUCUCCUCUCUUCGUUCAUGUCCGUAAAGGUGCGUGACAGUACAUGA